CCGGCCGAGGAGCCAUGCGUCCCUCCAGCAACUCCGGAGUGACCGUGCGAGCCGCCUGCCCUCCCCUCGCGCCGCGUCUCCUGCUCUGGUCACCCGCGCUGAUUAAUUAAUCAUGAUGGGGCUGCUGCUGUUCCUGCAUUUAUCUGGAGCGGACGGGGCCACCGGCUCCAGCCGCAGCACUGUGGGGUGAAGCGACUGCGCGCCUGCCCCCCGCUCCCUCCAGCAUCUGCUCCAGCUCCCAGCCUGGCAUACCCUGACGCCGAGGAAGCGUCGCUCUCUAUGGCUCCGGAGGAGAUGCUUCAGAAAGUUGUUUGCUCGCCCCCAGUUCUGUCAACCAGCUCCUCAAGAGGGGAAUCGCCUAUUAUUGAACUAAUUUUUUGAACUAAUUAUUCUCCACAUGGCCUUCCUCCUGGUGUCAGCUUAUCUUUUGCUGACUCACACUCAGGGUGCUCCUGUUGAGAAUGGGGCACUGCUGGAGACGCUGAAGUCGCAAGUAGGAUUUUUCAGUAAUAAAAGUGAACACUAUUCUGCACAGGUGAGACCUCCUGGCACAAACCGACGAAUACCUCAGACGAUCAUUAUAGGAGUUCGCAAAGGAGGGACCAGGGCCUUAUUGGAAAUGUUGGAUAUUCAUCCUAAUAUUGUGGUAGCAACUACAGAAGUCCACUUCUUUGACUGGGAUGAAAAUUAUGUUAAAGGAAUAGACUGGUAUAGGCGUCUGAUGCCAUUUUCUUAUGAAAAUCAAAUUACUAUUGAGAAAACACCAGGCUAUUUUACCUCACCACAGGCUCCAGAAAGAAUUCAUGACAUGAAUAGCUCUAUUAAACUGCUGCUCAUUCUAAGAGACCCCACUGAGAGAGUAAUAUCUGAUUAUACCCAAGUAUAUUACAACAGACUAGAAAGUCACAAGCGUGUUCAGCCCUUUGAAGAAAUUGUUAUUAAAAAUGGUGCACUUAAUACCAAAUACAAAGCUAUUCAGAGGAGUCUCUAUGAUAUCCAUAUGGAAAAGUGGCUUAAGCAUUUCAACUUAGAUCAGAUUCACAUAGUGGAUGGCAAUACUUUAAUCAAGGACCCUCUUCCUGAGUUACAAAAAGUGGAAACAUUUCUUAAUCUUCCUUCCAGAAUUAUGUCUUCAAAUUUUUAUUUUAACCAAACCAAGGGGUUCUAUUGCAUUAGAAGUGAUGGAAGAGAGAGAUGUUUACAUGAAUCCAAAGGGCGCCCCCACCCUGUUGUCAACAACACUGUUUUAGAGCAACUUUACUCCUACUUCAGAGAGCACAAUGCAAAAUUUUACAGAAUGGUUAAUCAUUCGUUUGACUGGCAUUAAUACAUUUGGAAUAAAUGUUUCUUAAAAUGUCCUGAAAUAAACUAUUUUCAAAGUUACCUUUGUAA